AUGUCAAAACACGGGUUUUUCAAGCAACGUUUUGGGCGCCGGAAGGGCUCGACAAAUCUACCCGCCGAUUAUAUACAAGAGCAUAUGGAAGACAAUGAUCUCAAUUCCGCCAUAGUCUCCCCUCCGCUCAAAUUUGCAGCGAGAAUCAACAGUUUUGCGACCUCAGAAAUAAACGACGAGCUCGAAAGUGAGGAGGACUCUUUGUUCAGUGGCGCGAGAGAGGAGUUGCAGUUGCUCCAAGCUACGAUAGUCCAAUACCAACAGAAGACUGACCCGGAUUCAAGUUCGAUGAUCAAGGCCAAUGAGACAUCUAGUCCCUGGCAAGACAUCAGGGAGGCAGUCAAGGUAGCAAAGAUUCGUGAAGAUGGUGAAGACAAGGACAGCUGGUCCGCCAGAGACAGUUGCGAUAAGAUAAUCGAUAACAUCUCCACAUUCGAGACAUGGCUCGACCUUCUACCAGGUGGCGACUACGGAGCGGUUGUUGGCGGGGUCUUCAAAAUGGUCGUUACAGCUGCAAAACGCGCGCAUGACGUUCGAGUGACCAUCUUCCAAGCGUUGGCAGACAUCCCCUACUGGGUUGGACGUGCGAAUAGAUACCGUGACUUGUACGCCGAUUCAAAACCUCGAGAUCUGGUACAGAUGACAGCGCAGCUUUGCAGCGCAGUUUUGGUUGCUCUUCGACAUAUCAUGAUAUAUCUCACGGAGGGGAUCCUAAAAAAGGCAUGGAAAGCCAUGGCACAAGGCCAAGCUUACAAGCAAACGCUACUGAGUCAGAUAGACCGAGUCCGAGAUCUCAUUGGCAAGGUAGACCAGGAAGCGGCAAUCAGCUCGCAGUACCGUAUGAGAGACCUCGAGAAACUUUGCCAAGAGUACUUCCCCGCUAUCAACAUGCAGCUGAAGGAAUUGAAGGAGCAGCAAAACACCGAGAAUUUCCGCCUCGAUGAAGCGACGAAAAAAGACCUUUCGACUCGCAUUGGAGAAGCAGCAGCGGGAUAUUGUAUCAAUAGCUUUUACAGCCACUUGUCCAGCAAUCCAGGCAUUGAUGCCAGGAUACGAGGUGUAGUACCACCUCGGAUCUUAGAGGCUCGACCCUCAGCGGAAGUGGAAAGGCACAUAGAAUCUGUAACCCAAACUGCUCUCGUCUUAGCAUUAGGAUUAUCAUCAGACGUUCCUCAACAAGACUUGAAACGCUGCCUAAGCAUGGGCACAUCGCUAAGCCUCAAUGACCAAGACCGCGUCAAAUGGAUGAUGCAGUCGCCCAAGCUUCGAGAAUGGCUGAACUUUCCCGGAUCCCGUAAACUCCUGAUCAACGGUGAUGGUGCCGCAAACGAGAUGCUCUCGUCCACGACGUUCUUAUCCGCCAAGUUGUUGGAAAGUUUGGGUCAUAUUGAGCCCAUCGUUUCGCAACAUUUUUUCUGCUCGCUGCAUACAACAUCCAGAAAAGAUAUUAUGGCCGACGCAACCGGCUUGAUCAAAAGCUUCGUCUCUCAGCUCCUGCAACGUGACGUUUCUUGGGACCUGAGUUUCCUCUCAACAACGGACCUUGAAAAGAUCCAACACAACGACCUAGAAACCAUCUGCGCGCUAUAUCGAAGGUUGAUCCAACAACUACCAGACACAACAUUCCUCUUCUGGAUGAUCGACGGCAUAAAUUACUACGAGCGCUCUGAGAGGCGACGGGAUUUCUUGAAAGUCAUUCAUGAGUUGCUAGGGAUACUCAAAGAUUGCAACAGCGUCGUGAUAAAGCUACUCCUCACCUGUCCCGGUAUAAGCUUAUACGUCAAAGAUGCGCUAGGCAGAGAAGAUGUACUGACUGUGCCACCGACCGUCGAUGGCAGUCGUCAGGGGUGGAGUGAGCGCGUGUUUCAGAAGACAGUCGGUCACGAAAUCGAGCACUUGGAUGGAGCUGCUCUCAGUGGUUAG